CGGCGGAGAAGCUUAUGGCGUGCCAAAUGUAUAUCACGGGCUCGACCUGGGUGGCUGCUCUUGAAGUAGACGUCGACACAUCGACUGUUGUAUUUGCUCUGUCGUGCUGCUUGAUAGUUGCUGCAGGCUGGAUCUUUGGAUCUUGACACACGUUGUUGCAACGAGGACUGAACAGCAAGCAUGGCAGUCACCGAGGCUCUGGAAUCGAACUGCGAUGUGCUCAUCAUUGGCGCCGGGCCAGCUGGGAUGAUGAUGGCAGCGUGGAUGGCGCGUAUGGGCAUCAACGCCCGCAUCGUCGACAAGCGCAGCACCAAGAUCUACGCCGGCCAAGCCGACGGGCUGCAACUUCGCAGCCUAGAGAUCUUCGACAGCUUUGGCUUUGCGGACCGAGCUUGGAAGGAAGCAAACCACAUGAUUGAGAUGUGCAUGUGGAAUCCUGGCGAAGACGGUGUGCUUAGGCGAAGUGACCGUGUUCCUGAUGUGCCAGCUGGACUGAGCAGGUUUACCCAGAUUGUGCUGCAUCAGGGCCGUAUUGAGCGUUUCUUCCUCGAUCAUAUCAAGAAGCACUCCAAGGACAGGCUACGAGUCGAGAGAGCCGUGCUUCCAGAGUCAUUGGAGAUCGAUGAGGAACGCAGUGAUGACUAUUCGGCGGACAACUACCCCAUCAAGGUGCAACUCAGACAUCUGACAGAUGAGGAAGCUGCGCCAGCUCAGGCGAAUGGACCGACUGUGAACGAUGGGCUGUUCAGAAGCAACCUGGUGGACGACGAUACGGAUGACCUAAUCAACAAGGGAAGAGAGAACAAGGGCGGAACAGAGACUGUGAGGGCCAAGUACAUGGUCGGAUGCGAUGGCGCGCACAGCUGGACAAGACGACAGCUGGGGUUCCAGCUCGAGGGCGAACCUACCGACUUUAUCUGGGGCGUACUGGACAUCGUCCCGAUUACUGACUUCCCCGAUAUCCGCAACCGCUGCGCCGUCCACAGCGCUUCUUCGGGGUCGCUUAUGGUCAUCCCUCGCGAGGAGAAGCUGGUCAGGUUGUACAUCCAGCUUACAGAGAUCAAGCCAGAUGCAUCAGGUCGCGCUGAUCGCUCCAAGAUCACCCCGGAGACGAUCAUCAAGGCUGCUCAGAAGAUCAUCGCGCCGUACUCGUUGACGUAUGAAUAUUGCGACUGGUUCACUGCGUACCAGAUUGGUCAGAGAGUUGGGACGAAUUUCGAUCACAAGAACCGCGUCUUUUUGACUGGUGACGCGGUGCACACACACUCACCGAAAGCCGGCCAAGGCAUGAACGUGAGCAUGCAAGACUCAUUCAACCUCGGGUGGAAGCUUGGACUGGUGGUCAAAGGCAUUGCCCAGCCCUCGAUCCUGAAGACGUACCAGUCUGAGCGGCGCAGAAUUGCACAGGACCUCAUUGACUUCGACCACAAGUUCUCGCGGCUGUUCUCUGGACGUCCAGCGAAAGACGUCAUGGAUGAGGAGGGCGUAAGCAUGGAAGACUUCAAGCAGGCGUUCCUCAACGGCAACAUGUUUGCAUCAGGCCUCUCUGUCGACUACGGGACGAGCAUGCUAGUGGCGAAGCCAGGAAGCUCUGCAGACCAGGGAGACGGCACAGAUGUAUCGUCUACGCACCACCAGAAAGUCGUAGGCAGGCAGGAGCUUGCGACCAACAUCAAGCUCGGCAUGCGGUUCCCAAGCUACAAGGUGCUCAAUCAAUCAGAUGCACGGCCAUGGGAAUUCCAGGAGAAGUUGAGAAGUGACGGGCGGUUCCGCAUCGUCGUCUUUGCGGGCAACGUGGUGAGUCCACAGCAGCAGGCGCGUUUGAAGGUAUUCUGCCAGCACUUGACCUCAUCUGGUUUCCUCGCCCCGCACAUCCACAAGAGCGUUGCGCUCUUGACGUGUCACGCCGCGAAGCGCACCGAGGUGGAGCUGCUGCGUGAUUUUCCAGACGUUUUGCAUCCGUUUGACAGCAAAAUGGGCUGGGACUAUGAUUCCGUAUUUGUCGAUGAUGUCAGCUACCACGAGGGCUUUGGCGAUGCAUACAAGAACUACGGGGUUGACAAGGAGAACGGGUGCGUGGUGGUGACACGACCAGAUCAGUAUGUCGGGCACGUGGACUCGCUCGACGAGGAGGGCUUCGUUGGCGUGGAGUCGUAUUUCAGGGGCGUGCUUGUACCGGUAUCCUAGACGAAUGCAAGCGGUAUCCUAGACGAAUGCAAGCGGUAUCCUAGACGAAUGCAAGCGGUAUCCUGGACGAAUGUAAGCGGUAUCCUGGACGAAUGCAACCGGUAUCCUAGACGAAUGCAACCGGUAUCCUAGAC